AUUUGAAACGAAAAUACUGUUUGUCAGUAAUGAAUGACAUUAUAGAGAGAUAAACAAUAUAUGCAUAUUCAAAAAAUUCUUUUUUGACGAAAAGUAGGCAAAAACAUCAAAUUAUCUCCCCUAGCACACAAAACCAUGAAAAAUAAAAUAUCCAUGUGACCAAGCAGACCACGUAUACUCAUGAAAAGUAGUUGACCUGUUAAAAAUGUACAAUUGCGUCUGUCUGUAUCUGUCCCAACAUAGAUUUAUAUAUUUAGUGAUCGUAUUCAUUGUUGCUUUUCAUGUUUUCUUUGCUUUUUAUGUUUUACACACCAUAACAUUCAUGUGCCAUAUUUUAAUCCCAAUUUUUUGGUAAUUUUUGUUCUAUAAAAUAAAGACUGACACCUUCUCCAAUGGAUAUCACUGUUACAAUGCAUGUCAUUUUCUUGGUUCAUAAAUAUUAAAAUGCCUCAGAAGGCCUAUAAAUGUUUCCCUUAUUUAGAUUUAGAAUAAAAAAGAAGAAAAAGUAUUCUUUCGGUACAUAUAGUCAUUUAGAUGAAUUAAAGUAAAAAUACUGUAGGUCAGAUACCGUCUUGACCUUGAUGUUCAUAGAUAGAAAUAAACUAUCAUUCCAACAUCGUCACACGAGGAGCCGCCAUGGCUCAGUGAGUUAAUAGCAUGAAUUUAAUAGAAAGUGUGUGUGUGGGGGGGGGGGAAAUGGCUGAAUGGUUAGCACAUGCGCGCUGUAUCAUACGGUCUGUCAUUGAGUAAAAUGGCAAGGUUUCAAUUCCCCGGUUGUACCUGACAAGGAGUAAGGUCACCUGUCCAACCUCGUGGGUUUUCUCCGGGUCCUCCGGUUUCCUCCCACUGCUAAAGACCCCUACGUGCAAGCGAAUAUAUAAAAUUGAACCAUAUGUUAGUCCCGAAAUGACCUAGUUUGUGUCGAGUGGACGUUAAACCCCAUUUCUCUCUCUAUAUAUCUACACACUCCACCUCUGUUAUUAGGACUGACAGAUCUGUGACAUGACUGAAUUCCACGUUACUCGAUUAUAAUUCUGUCAAUUCGUGACGUUCCGGACUGACAAUUAAGCAACCCCUAUGUGUAGUUUUGUCUUGAUUAUUGUACAGACUACACAUGACCUGAACAUGCCUUAUAUUUGAAUCAUUUUUAGUAAAGAGUAUACUGGCAUGUUGCUCCACUAACAAGGUUAUCACACACCAUAUUGUUUGAUACCAUAGCAUGAUAUCCAAUCUCAUCACUACUCAUCUUUCCCUAGAGUUAUCUACCCUUUUACAUCCUCCUAUUCCUAGAGACACAAAAUUGCUAAGAUACUUCUAGUUUCCUGAAUAAACCAAGCUACAUAAAUAUUUCUUUUUUAAUUUUGCAUCGACUUAACUGGAAUUUGAAAAAGUAAAAAUAACAUCCAAAGUAGCACUUGACAACAAUUUCUAUUGUUUUGGAAGCUAGAAAGGACGCAGUAACCAAAAUGGUCGCUAAGGUAUGGUUUAUGGAGACGAAAACCUCUCAAGGACGGAUAACUCUGUCACAUUUACCAAGACCUCUCUGGCCCUGGAUGGCAUCUAGGGAAGGGUAACUCUGUCUCCCUCAUCAAAGACCUCUCUGGCCCUAGAUGGCAUGUAAGGGUGUAUAACUCUGUCUCCAUCAUCAAGACCUCUAUCGCCCUGGGUGAUAUCUAAGGACAGAUAACUUUCUCCCUCUCAUCUACACUAUCCGGUUGAAUUAUUUUAUUUCUCAAAUUAUUGAAACCAAAAAAUAAUAUAAAAUAUUGAAUGCUUCCAAUUGCCAACAUGUGCCAUUUUGUCUUGUUAUCUUGUCUGCAGGCCAAAUGGGCCAUGGUCAAUUUCGACCUUGCAUCCCAAAAUUCGUCAUCGGAUGAAACUCUGGAAGAUUGGCAGGAUGGUCUGACUAGCAUUUCCACUCAACGCUCUAAAAGUAGCCUCCUAUCCAAGCCCACCUUGCAUGAACAACUCUGGGAAGGCAUUCAAAGAAAGUCACAUGACUUCCUGCGGGGCACGGGAACCUUGUUAAAUAGAAGUUUCUCGAAAGAAGAACAGCUGAUGUCAUCACAGGGUAAGAAAACCAUGAAUCAGUAUUCACAACAAACCUUGAAGAAAUCAGUGGAUAUGAAAUCAAAAUUAGAGGAAGCAAUCCUCGGAACUGGUAAUGCCAGAACUGAAAUGAUGCUACGCAGACGGCAAAACUCCAUCAGCUCAGUUUCAGGUGAUCGAACCCCACCUUUGAUAGGUAAUGAUGGUGGGGGUGGAGGUAGAUUGAGAUGGAGGAAAGAUCAAGUACAGUGGAGACAUUCUAUGGAAAUACACGAUGGUCCGACGAAGCCAAGAGAUAUGGAGAUUGUUUGCCAUGUUGAAGGAAGUUUAGCAGCUGAAGUUAGCAUGAUAUCAUUAGAUCUUCUAGAAUUAGUCAUGCAGAUUGCUCAAACAUCAGAUUUAAUGCAGCCGUUAUUAAGCAGUGCGUUACGCGUGUUGUUACACAUGUUCGCCUUGAAUCAGAGUUCGUUGGUUCUACAGAAUAUGUUCGCUACACAGAGAGCUUUAGUCACGCGGUUUUUGGAUUUAUUAUUUGAAGAAGAAACGGAACAAUGUGCCGAUCUGUGUCUGCGUCUGUUACGUCACUGUAGUUCUUGUAUUGGUAAUACCCGAUCACAAGCCAGCGCUUCACUUUAUCUACUCAUGAGACAAAACUUUGAACUGGGAAACAAUUUUGCACGAGUCAAGAUGCAGGUCACCAUGUCUUUAAGUUCAUUGGUUGGUCAGAAUCAUAAUUUUAACGAAGAAUAUUUACGUAAAUCGUUGAAAACUAUUUUAACGUAUGCCGAGGCUGAUGUUGAAUUACAAGAAACAACUUUCCCUGAACAGGUGAGAGAUCUGGUGUUUAACCUGCACAUGAUUUUAUCGGACACGGUGAAGAUGAAGGAAUUCCAGGAAGAUCCGGAGAUGUUAUUGGAUCUGAUGUAUCGUAUCGCUAAAGGUUAUCAGACGUCACCCGAUCUCAGGUUGACAUGGUUACAAAAUAUGGCCGGUAAACAUAGUGAGAAAGGGAACAAUGCCGAGGCGGCACAAUGUUUAGUACAUGCUGCAGGUCUCGUGGCUGAGUAUUUGAAUAUGUUGGAAGAUAGACCCUACCUUCCUAUUGGUUGCGUCACUUUUCAGAAAAUAACCCCAAAUGUAUUAGAAGAGAGUGCUGUGUCAGAUGAUGUUGUAUCGCCUGAUGAAGAGGGGAUUUGUACAGGGAAAUAUUUCACAGAAAAUGGCCUUGUUGGUUUAUUAGAACAAGCUGCAAGUUCCUUUACCAUGGGUGGAAUGUUUGAACUGGUCAAUGAAGUAUAUAAGAUAUUAAUACCAAUACAUGAAGCUAACAGAGAUUAUAAAAAGUUGGCACAUAUUCACCAGAAAUUACAGGAAGCUUUCAGUAACAUCACAAGACAGAAAGGAAAGCGUAUGUUUGGUACGUAUUUCCGUGUAGGUUUUUAUGGAUCUAAGUUUGGUGAUUUAGAUGGUGAAGAAUAUAUAUAUAAAGAACCUGCUAUAACCAAACUAGCAGAAAUAUCACACAGAUUACAGGGUUUCUAUGGUGAUAGAUUUGGUGAAGACGUAAUACAAGUAUUAAAAGAUUCUAAUGUAGUGGAGAAAGAAAAACUCGAUCCAGAAAAGGCAUAUAUACAGAUAACGUAUGUUGAACCGUAUUUUGAUUCAUAUGAAUACCGAGAUAGAAUUACAUAUUUUGAGAAGAAUUACAAACUGAAGAGAUUUAUGUACGCUACACCGUUUACGUUAGAUGGACGAGCUCAUGGUGAAUUACACGAACAAUAUAAACGUAAAACAAUAUUAACAACAAUCCAUUUCUUCCCGUAUGUUAAAACCAGAUUAUCAGUAAUAGAACGACAACAGAUAAUAUUAUCACCAAUAGAAGUCGCUAUCGAGGAUGUACAGAAAAAGACGAAAGAAUUAAGUACAGCUCUACAUCAAGAACCACCGGAUACUAAAAUAUUACAGAUGGUUUUACAGGGCUGUAUUGGUACCACGGUUAAUCAGGGACCAUUAGAGGUUGCUAUGGUAUUUUUAAGCGGUGUUGCGGAAGGUAAACAGGUGCCAAGUAAACAUCAUAAUAAAUUACGUCUCUGUUUUAAAGAUUUCAUGAAAAAGACCAGUGACGCUCUACAUAAAAACAAACAACUAAUCACAUCGGAACAGAAGGAAUAUCAGAGAGAAUUGGAGAGAAAUUACCGAACUUUCCAUGAUAGAAUCCAACCCAUGAUAUCACCUACAGCUCAUCUUAAAAAAUCUAAACAUCAUAAAAGUAAAGAAGCUCGAGCUAAACGUCAAACUUCACCACCUGCUGCUGCUGCCUCCGCACAACAAUAAUUUAUAAAUAACAGCUAGACCACCUGGAUUUGUUUCAUAUCAUGUAUGGGAGUUUCCUUCCACUUGUAAAUAUCUAUCCCUGUGCUCAAAUUGUACCAUAUUAGUCCCGUCGAUAUAAACUUCAUAUAUUCACUUAUUUGUGGGAUGACGAUCUGUUACAGGUGGGAUGACGAUCUGUGUUACAGGUGGGAUGACGAUCUGUGUUACGGGUGGGAUGACGAUCUGUGUUACAGGUGGGGUGACAAUCUGUGUUGCAGGUGGGAUGACGAUCUGUGUUACAGGUGGGAUGACGAUCUGUGUAACAGGUGGGAUGACGAUCUGUGUAACAGGUGGGAUGAUGAUCUGUGUUACAGGUGGGAUGACGAUCUGUGUAACAGGUGGGAUGACGAUCUGUGUAACAGGUGGGAUGACGAUCUGUGUUACAAGUGGGAUGACCAAUGACGAUCUGUGUUAUUUGAAAACCUCCCAUCUAUAAAUCAGUGUUAAAAUAUAACAGAUUUAGUGUUCCACCGUCGAAACAGAAUACCAAAUAUAUGUUCAACCCAAUCAAUAAUUGAAAAAUAUGAUCAUCCCAAUUCAAUACUUUAAUUAGCUGCAUAAUAAAUGUGAAUAACAUGUUUAAGAUAUAACAGAUCCCAUGUUUAAAUCUACAGAGUGCUUGCUACAUCACUUCAAUCAGAGGUUAUCUGUAUGAAGAUAAUUAUAUUCACGAAUCUCUGGGCCAUAUAUCCAUGUCAUACAUAAUUUUACUUCAAUUUCUACAGAAUAUCAUCCUUAUCUAGUCCAACAGAUUUCAUCAUUAUAGUAUUUAUUACAUGUUUUAUUAUCAUAAAGUUACUUCCGUCAUGUUGUAUGGUUAGCUAGUCAUAUUUCAUCAUUCAUUAAAUUGGUUUUAUUCAAAUAUUAUAUUAUUUACAGGAAAUGUCCAUUUUUAAAUCCCUCUACAGACAGUUUAUAUACCUACUAGAUGUCACUGCCAAUGUUCCUUCUAAAUUUGGUAGUCAGUGUGCGUAAAAAUCUUAUGAUAUUUAAAUUUUAAUCGUAUAGCAAGAUAUUUUUACAAGUGUAAUUGAAAUUGCUAAUCACUGCCAAUGUUCCUUCUGAGUUUAGUAGUCAGAGUGCGUAAAAAUCUUAUGAUAUUCAAAUUUUAAUCGGGUGACAAGAUAUUUGUAAUUGGAAUUGUUUCAAGAUAAUUCUGACACGACCUGUAAUUCAUGCCUAAUACAACUGGAUUGAAAAAUAUAAACAGAUCAUGCUGUGAACAGGUGGUGUCUGAAAACCAGAAUCUGUGCUCUCGUUGUAAAAUGUUUGCGUGCACAAGCCCACGCACAAUUUAGAGGGAACAAUGCUGACUGUCUAUGAAAUACAUAAACCUACUCAUACAGGAUAAUAAUAUGUCCAUUUAUAUUGUGCCAAAUCCACUAAAGUACAGUCGCAAAUUCUCAACACUUGCAUCGAAACAAUUGACCUGCGAAGUGAUCUCAACACUCUUACCAAUCCUCGCAAGAUAGAGUAAGACUCGUCAUGAUUCAACAUUUAAUUUAACCGUAGUGUUGUUCCAUCCACCCAUCCAGUUUAGCAGGUUGUUUGUUUGGAAGUAGGGGGGGUUGGAUGGCCGAAUGGUUAGCAUGUGGGUGCUGUAUCAUAAGGUCUGUCAUUGAGUCAGCUGGCGUGGUUUCGAAUCCCCAGUUGGGUUUUCUCCGGGUCCUCCGUUUUCCUCCCACUGCUAAAGACCCCUGCGCGCAAGCGAAUUAGAGAAAUAAAAAAAAGAACCAUAUGUUAGUCCCGAAAUGAUCUAGUUUGUAUCUAGUGGAAGUUAACCCCAUUUCUCUCUCUCUGUGUUUGGAAGUAAGUGUUGAAAUUUUGCAAUUGUCACUAAAGUGCUCACGGCACGUACCGUGCGUAAACUGCCUCAUCAUUUUAAUUAUGUUAUUUUGUGUUAUAUACAAGAUUAUCUCAUGUCCUUAAUGUUAGUAUCCAGUUAUGUCUGGUUUAAAUGUCGUCAUCGCAAGCGAGGCAUUAAGUAAUAUAUUGACAUUAAUCGAGUAUUGUUUCAAUGUAUUACACAAAUGUCUUGCUUGCGACUAGUCAAGUAUUUCUCUGUAUUCAUCAUAUGAUCACUGUCUUUUUAUUAUUAAAAUACAGGUUUGACGUCAUCCUUUGAUGUUGAUCUAACAUUAUUUUAUAUUAGAUGAAAUAUUGGACUCGUGUGACGAUUUCAUUGAAAUGCAUGUGUGGAAUAGUGUCUGUAUUUUAAGUUUUUUAAUGGUCUCAAUCAAGACAUUGCGUAAUAUAUUGAAACAACAGCUCGGCUAACGUCCUCAUGCAGUAUUCAUAUAUUACUUAAUGUCUCGCUUUCGACCAUUAAACCAUAGGUACUGUAAGAUUGGGCCAUGUGUCUGAAAUAAUGGUACGUCAAUAGUAGCGUGUAACAUCUGUGUUUUAAAUGCCAAAUAAUAUACAGUAAAUGUUAAUCUAGUUCCAUACAUAUAUGUAUGUCAGUUUAAAACUCAGUAAAGGUUUAUCAAUACCAAAUAAUAUACAGUAAAUAUUAAACUAGUUUCAUAAACAGGUUAUGAAUCUAUAUAUCUAUGUCAGUUUAAAGUAGCUAAGUCUCUAUAACUGAAUAUCAUCCAAAGUCUUACACAUUGAAAACACGAAUUAUUUGUCAAUUCAAAUCAACAUUGAUGUUGUUAUCUGACCGGGAAAAGGCAGGCUUCUGAUAUCCAAUAUUUAAGACAAAAUAAACAUUUUACCAUUGGUACACGAAUCGUGUAUCAUAGUGCAUUUUAGCGUCACUUGUAACAAGUGACCAGAAAGAACGAGGCUAGACAUAUUCAAAAACUCAUGUCAAACGGUGAUACCAUUCUUAUCUGGUAUAACCAGACACUAGAAAUUGGCAUUUGGUUAAGACUCUUGCCGUAUUUCGCAGGACAUAACUGAUUUAAUAUUUAGUCAAAAACAGAAACAAUUGAAUGUAAAUCAGUUUAUAUACAAUCAGAUUACAUUAUUUUAUGUGUUGCAACCCAUUUCGGUCAAUUUCUAGGUGCCAAAUGUUAGCGAUUUAGCUCCUUUAAGACUCAGUAAGGCUUUAUCAAUGUUAAAUUGUUUUCUGCCAGCAGAAGCUCAAAUGUCAGUUUAUUGCGUACUGAUCAGAGUACUGAUCGGACCGGAUGGAAUGAAAUUAUAAUUCUAGUGUCACCGAAUCUGGUCACAGUUCUGUCAAACAUUCAGUGUGAUGUGAGCAGAAUCUUGAUGUUAUCAAUUGUUUCUAGUUUCAUUCAGUUGAUGUGUGUGCCUUAUUG